CAUUAUUUUUAUAGUACCUCAUCCAAACUUGAUCACCAUCACAACCCCACCUUCUCUUCCUCCUCCUCCUCCUCCUUUUCAAAACUUUUCUGUAGAAUCAUCACACACACAUAUCGCACCCGGAAAGCCAUAUAUAUCCAUAUCGAGUAUCGUUCAUUCUGGUGAUCUAUCUUCUUCCAUGGAGGGAUCUGGAGAGAAUUGGCCCUAUUAUCAGAUGGACAUUAACACGAACCUUGAGAAAGCGAUUGACUAUGUGAGCUAUCUGGAGGAACGAGUGAAAGAGCUUGAGAAGCAGAAUAAGACGAGUGCUAGGAAGUCCCGAGGUUACAACAACUAUGCCCGUGGCAGGGGCGGCGCGUCGUCGUCGUCGUCGUCGUGCUACGAGACGUGCGCGGCGGAUGAGUGGUAUGAAGCGUCGCUGCCGGAGGUGAAAGCUAGGGUUUCGGAGAAUGAAGUGCUGAUAAUAAUUCACUGUGAGAAACAAAAGGGAAUAAUGCACAAAAUAUUGUCUCAGCUUGAAGCUCUUCAUCUCUCUGUAGUCAGCAGCAGCGUCUUGCCUUUUGGCAAGUUCACUCUUGACAUCACCAUUGUUGCUCAGAUGGGGGAGGGAUUCAACACGACGGUGAAUGGCAUAGUGAAAAGCCUGAGACGAGCUAUCUCUACGUGAUCUUAUAUAUGUGGUUGGAGAAGAAGAUCCAUUCUGGGAGUGUUGAAGAAAUUAAUGGAAAGUUUUUGACGAAGCCUUGCAGUGCGAUCGUUUAGUUUAAUUUCAUUUGUUGCCUUGUCUAAUCCAUGCUUUUGUUUCUUUCCACCAAAACAGUAAUUUAAUGAUAUUAUUUUAUAAUUAUAUAUAC